AUGUCUGGAAAAUACGAACUCCUCUGCCUUGAAAACCCGCUGCUGGAUAUCCAGGGUGUUGGUGAUGAGAAGCUCCUGCAAAAGUACGGCUUAAAAGCCAACGAUGCCAUUCUGGCCGAUCCAGAGAAGCACAUGGGUCUGUACGACGAUCUGAUCCAGAACUUCGAUGCAAAGCUCAUUGCUGGCGGUGCGGCGCAAAACACUGCCAGAGGUGCACAGUACAUUCUUGAGCCCAACUCGACAGUCUACAUUGGCUGUAUCGGCAAAGACAAGUACGGCGAGACGCUCGAGAAGAUCAUGAAGGAUGCCGGUGUCAAGGCCGAGUAUCUCUAUGACGAGAAGACGCCGACUGGUCGUUGCGGUGUUGUCAUCACCGGCCACAACCGCUCGCUCUGCACCGAUCUCGCCGCCGCCAACAACUACAAGAUCGAGCACCUGAAGCAGGACCACAUUUGGAAGCUCGUUGAAAACGCCCAGGUCUUCUACGUCGGCGGCUACCACUUCACCGUCUGCGUACCCGCCAUCCAGGCCCUGGCCGAGGAGGCCGCUGCAAAGAACAAGCCAUUCAUCCUCAACCUCUCCGCCCCCUUCAUCGCCCAAUUCUUCAAAGACCCCCUCGACUCCGUCCUGCCCUACGUCGACAUCCUCAUCGGCAACGAGACCGAAGCGGCCGCCUUUUCGGAAUCCCACGCCUACAACACCACCUCUGUCGUCGACAUCGCCAAGAAGAUCGCCGCCCUGCCAAAGGUAAACACGAAGCGGCCCCGCACUGUCGUCUUCACACAGGGCAUAGACCCCACCAUUGCCGUUACCGCAAAGGCGGACGGCGACGCAGAGGUCAAGCAAGUCCCUGUCCAUGCCAUUAGCGCAGACAAGAUCAACGACACAAACGGCGCGGGCGAUGCGUUUGCGGGCGGCUUCGUCGCCGGCAUAGUCAAGGGCGAGAGCUUGGAGAAGGCGAUUGACAUGGGCCAGUGGUUGGCUAAGCUCAGUAUUCAGGAGCUGGGACCCAGCUACCCGCAGCCCAAGCAGACGUAUACUUCUAGCUAA